AUGUGGGUCCCUGUCCUGCUCCUCCUCCCAGCCCUGCUGCCCCCAGCCAGCACUUCAGACCCAGACCAGCCCUGCCCUUCGGAGCUGAACAAGGUGAAGGACCUGCUGGAGGUGAACUGCACGGAGCAGAGUCUCAGCAAGGUGCCCGCGGGUCUGCCUGAGGACGCUGGCAUCCUGCUGCUCAGCACCAACCGCUUCACCUCGCUCUCCACCGCCGAAUUCCUGCGCCUCACCCAGCUGCAGCACCUGGACCUGUCCCACAACGCGCUGGUGGUGCUGCACACCGGGCCCCUGCUGCUGGCCCUGCGGGAGCUGAUCCUGUCCCACAACGAGCUGUGGGAGCUGCCCACCCUGCAGGGCCUGCCCGCGCUCACCCACCUGGCCCUGGCCCACAACCGCCUGGCAACGCUGGCCCCGGGGGCGUUCCGAGCCGUGCCGCGGCUGCAGGACCUGGACCUGCGAGGGAACCAGCUGCAGACGCUGCCGCAGAAGGCUUUCGAGGGGCUGAGGGCGCUCAGGGACUUGGACCUGUCGGACAACCUGCUGGCGGAGCUGCCCGCGGAGCUGCUGCAGGACCUGCAGAGGCUGGAGAUCCUCUGGCUGUCGGGGAACCGCCUGCGGAGCCUGCCCAGCGGCUUCUUCCCCGAGGGGCACAUCUUCAUGUACGUCUUCCUCACCGAGAACCCCUGGCACUGCGACUGCCACCUGCGCUACCUGCGCCUCUGGAUCCGCCACAACGAGGACAGCGUCUACCAGCCCGAGAGGGGCCUGGAGAAGACCAAGGUGGAGGUGGCCCCCGAGAAGGUGCUGUGCCACAGCCCCCCCGAGCUCCAGCGCAAGCCUAUCAUCUACUUCAGGCCCGACUGCGGCACCGAGGGCGAUGCGGAUGAGGAAGAAGAGGAUGACUACGGUGACGGGGAAGAACCCACGGAGAUAGCCACCAGGAGCACCUUGCCCCUCCCUCAGCCCAGCCCCGAGGAGAGCACUGCUGCGCUGCGCAGCUCCCACCCACCUCUGCUCACUGCCACAGCGCCCCCCCCCAGCGCCCCUCCCAGCUCCACGCCUGCCCCAAGCACUUUGCCUACAGCGCUGGCAAGCACCACAGCCCCCAGCCCCACCCCGGCCCCCAGCACUGCUCCCCCCAGCACUGCUCCCCCCAGCACUGCUCCCCCCAGCACUGCUCCCCCCAGCACUGCUCCCACAGCACCCCCCCCGCACAGCCCCAGCACCCUCCCCUCCACCACCCUCCCCUCCAGCACCUCACUGCCAACCACCACGGCCACCGCACCUCCCAGUACCAGCAGCAGCCCCCAAACCACCCUUGCCACCAGCACUACCAACACCUUCACGACUCCCAGGGUGACCACUGGCACUGCUGCCACCACCCCUACAGCAGUUCCUUCUCCUGCCGUGCCAGAGGCUUCUUCCCCUGUCAGAGCUCCAUCUCCUCCUCUGACACCCACCACGCUGCUGGGCUCUAGCACCCUGCUUUCCACUCAUGCCCCAUCACCACCAGCUACCCUGGGCACCACACACUUCACCCACCCUGCACCUUCCCCUUCACCUGCUCCUGUGCCCCUCUGCCCAUGCUCCAUCCAGGGACCAGCUGUCCACAUGCUGCACUCGCAGGCAGGGGCAGGAGGUCCACAGUGGGGACAGUGGGUGCUGAGGCACUGCUGCCUGUUGCACUGGGGGCUCUACCUGACCUCCUUGAUUCUGCUUGUCCUGAUGAUGCUGGCUCUAGCAGGGUGCCUGGCAUGGCUGUGCCUGGUGGGUCGAACCUCCUGGCACAAGUCCUGGCAGACCCAAGAGGUCCAGUACCCACUGCUAGAGCGGCGGGAGGCAACAGAGAGCUCUGCAGCGCAUCUCAGCAGCUCCAAGAGCCACAGCCAGCACCGCACGUUCUGUACCAUCAGGGAAGUAGAGCUGUGGCCCGAGGUCACUUACUGCACCUUCAAAGACCUGAGCUUCCAGCGCCACCCUCCCGCGCCUGCCUCCUUCCGCACCACAAAGCAGCUCUGGGUCCGCCGCAGCCCUCCGGAGGCUUCGUUCCAGUGCUUCUCCGAGGAGCCGACGGUCGCCGCCGCCAGCUGCCCGAGGGCCCCUUCUGCCUACAGCCUGGACAGGGGAGUCAGGGCCAUGGGCAGAGUCACCGUGAAAUAUGCUGGCAACACCUGGUGACGGCUCGGAGGGAGCCCGGGGGGUGCCUCUGCCUGCUCUGCCCUUCAGCGGCUGCUUGCCCGGGGGGAAGCCGCCCAGCUCCUUCCUGCAGCACCCAGCUCUCACCCACUGAGGUGUCUGCUUCGGCAGGAAUCACCUGGGGACUCGGCAGGGACAGAAGGUGUCCACUCUGGUCAGCCAUACCUUGGGGCUGCCUCUGACUGGGGUCAGGGCAAGUGUGGGGAAGCUGAGCCAGCUCUGUGCUCCCUGCCACAGCUGCU